UUUCCAAAAGCUCACCAUGUGUAAUUUGACUUCACUUGCACCAGCGACGGACUAAACUGCGUACGUCUCCGGAAUUUUCUUCUAUAAGGUAAUCUUUGCAUGAAAAAAAUGGCAAUACGCCGUUUGAUUACAUUUGCCCAGUAGCCUUGCUUGCCAGGCUAAUAGACACACUGCUGGGGAACAAGACUAGUCCAGCUACAUCGUGAUGAAGUGGCUCCACGAUGGAACAACUAGCUGGGCUUGGCUCUCCCUCUCCUGCUGCCUCCUGAGUGCCUGGUGCCCGGUGGGAGCGGAGGUGGGACCCACGCCCGACCCAGAGUCAGGGGAGCCCAUGCAGGGAGACUGGGAGUGGGGCUCCGGUUCCUUCAACCUCCAGGAUCUACUCCACAGCUUCCCCGCCGACAGCCCUUUUGUGACAGAGAUUCCGGGGAACCCUGUCAACUGCUCCCAGCGCUUCUGGCUGCCCUCGGCCUCCCCAGUCUGCUGGGACGACAUUGCCGGGCCGGAGGAGUUUGAGCAGUCUCGUCUGCUGGUGCUCCAGAAUAGGGCGGCCCUGCAGGCGGUGUCCCUGGCCAGCGAGGUGGUGGUAGAAGGGGGAACUUCAGCCUCGUUUAAACAGCAGGCCUUGGAGGACUUGCAGGUGGUGAGGGCGGACUACCUGAACGUGACAGAGACGACGGAGACCAUGCAGAAGGUGUUCCUCACACUGGAGGAGAAGAGGAAGGAGGGGACAGAGCACUGGACCUUCUCAAGUAUAAAGGAGCACAUUGCCAAAACRAAGGACUCCAUCAACGGAAAAGACAACGUGGCAGCCCUUCUAGAGAAACAGUUCUCCAGCCUAGAGAAGUCUUUACACAUCAUGCAACUCCGACUUGACAAACUAAUGGCACAGUGAAWGAUGUGUUCUUCAGGCAAUUUUUUUGUCAGCUUUUGAAUGAACUGUACCAUCAUGUAAUAUAUCCCACUAACAAUGCAUGCAAACUCAGGUUAAAACCCCCUUUACAAAGCAUGAGGUGCACUUUCUUUGUAUAUGAACUAGGUAUUUUAUUCUUCCGUAGUCACAUUCCUAUUAGGUGUAUUUUAAUCCUAUCUGAAACCCAAACUGCACGCAGCCUACAGCAUCAGGGAGAUUUUGAUGGAAAUAAAAUAUAUUUUUAUACUCAGCAUGCA